GGGCGGGCGGCCAUGGCGCUGUCGCCCUACGUGCUCGCCAUGCAGGAGCUGUUCCGCGCCAACACGCGCAGCCGCGAGUUCCCGGCGCACGGCGCCAAGGUGCACUCGGUGGCCUGGAGCUGCUGCGGCCGCCGCCUCGCCUCGGGCUCCUUCGACAAGACGGCGAGCGUCUUCGUGCUCGAGAAGGACCGGCUGGUGAAGGAGAACAACUACCGCGGGCACGGCGACAGCGUGGACCAGCUCUGCUGGCACCCCAGCAACCCCGACCUCUUCGUCACGGCCUCGGGCGACAAGACCAUCCGCAUCUGGGACGUGCGCACCACCAAGUGCAUCGCCACCGUCAACACCAAAGGGGAGAACAUAAACAUCUGCUGGAGCCCCGAUGGCCAGACCAUUGCUGUAGGGAACAAGGAUGACGUGGUCACCUUCAUUGACGCCAAGACGCAUCGCUCCAAAGCCGAGGAGCAGUUCAAGUUUGAGGUGAACGAGAUCUCCUGGAACAACGAUAACAACAUGUUCUUCCUCACCAACGGCAACGGCUGCAUCAAUAUCCUCAGCUACCCAGAGCUGAAACCCAUUCAGUCCAUCAACGCCCAUCCUUCAAACUGCAUUUGCAUCAAGUUUGAUCCCAUGGGGAAGUACUUUGCCACGGGCAGUGCCGAUGCUCUCGUCAGCCUGUGGGACGUGGACGAGCUGGUGUGCGUGAGGUGCUUCUCAAGGCUCGACUGGCCUGUGCGAACGCUGAGCUUUAGCCACGAUGGGAAGAUGCUGGCGUCGGCGUCCGAGGAUCACUUCAUUGACAUUGCGGAGGUGGAGACAGGAGAGAAGCUUUGGGAGGUGCAGUGCGAGUCCCCCACCUUCACAGUGGCCUGGCACCCGAAGAGGCCUCUGCUGGCCUUCGCCUGCGAUGACAAAGAUGGCAAAUACGACAGCAGCCGGGAGGCCGGCACUGUCAAGCUCUUCGGGCUCCCUAAUGACUCCUGACGGAAG